UGUGUGGUAUCCUAGGGAGGGGAUAGAAAGAAAGUGCUAAUCAUCCAAACAUAGGAAUAAGGCUUAAAAUUGAACACAGGCUGUAACGUUAGUGUCAGUGUGCAGUCCUCCUUGCCAAGGAAGGAGAGGCACCAGGGACCAUGAGUGAGAAUGGCCCUCAUACAGAGGCGCCCAUGUACUUUGAGGUGGAGGUGGAUCACCUAGAGCGGGAUGAUGAAGAAGAAGAAGAUAAGAUCCACUUUGACAAAGAUGAUGAUCUGAUUCCUGAGCCUUCGUCAUCCUCUGGUCGGGUGUACGACCGCACCACAGUGCUCAUUGAGCGCGACCCCAUCCGACUGGAUGAGGAAGGCGAAGAGGAGGGUCACUGUGGAGGGGAUGAAGAUGGGGUCACCUUCCUAACUGAAGGGGAAGGUGAUGGAGAUGAGGAGGAGGGCUCACUCACCUUUAUGACUGAUCCUGAUGGCAUGUCACAGGGUUAUGUACAUCAUACCAUUUCUCCAGACCAGAUCCAGUUCACAAUAAAUCCAGGCUCUACCCCCAUGCCACGCAACAUAGAGGGGGCCACCCUCACCCUGCACUCUGAGUGCCCAGAAACCAAGCAGAGAGAGGUGAAGCGCUACCAGUGCAUGUUCGAAGGCUGCACAAGGACAUACAGCACGGCGGGAAACCUGCGGACACACCAGAAGACACACCGAGGCGAGUACACAUUUGUGUGCAAUCAACAGGGCUGUGGAAAGGCCUUCCUCACUUCAUACAGCCUCAAGAUCCAUGUCCGUGUUCACACCAAGGAGAAGCCGUUUGAGUGUGAUGUGCAAGGCUGUGAGAAGGCCUUUAACACCUUAUACAGACUAAAAGCACACCAGAGACUUCACACAGGCAAGACAUUCAACUGUGAAUCAGAGGGAUGCACAAAGUACUUUACCACACUCAGCGACCUGAGGAAGCACAUUCGCACACACACUGGGGAGAAGCCAUUCCGAUGCGACCACGAUGGCUGUGGCAAAGCCUUUGCUGCAAGUCAUCAUCUAAAAACGCAUGUACGGACACACACAGGGGAGAAGCCAUUCAACUGUCCCAGUGAUGGCUGUGAGAAGACUUUCAGCAGCCAGUACAGUCUGAAGAGUCAUAUCCGUGGCCACGACAAAGGACAGCCCUUCAGCGUCACCCUCACCCAUCCGCUCUCUGAAGAUGCAAAUCACUCGCUGUGCCUCAGUGACUUGAGCCUCAUCUCUACAGACUCAGAGCUACGAGAGAACAUCCAUAACGCUCAAAAUCUGGACCUCAACAAUGUGACCCCUGUGAAAAUAUUUGAGCUCAUGUUCCAGAGUCCUGAAAAUAGUGUCAGCCAAGAUGAUGCCCAUCCCAAUGAGAGCCUUGCCGAACCCUUCAACCCAGAGACCUCUACUCGACCAGUAGUGACUGAUGCCUCGUCUCUCAUCUCUUUCUCUCUCAAUUGUACCUCCUCAUCUCCCUGUUCCCACACAACUGCAGUCAUGGAGGCUCCUUCCCAGCUCAGUCAGAGCUCUUCCUCUCAGGCCUCCACCCCUGCCUCUGCCACCGCUACUGUCAGCUCCACGCAACCUCCCCCUUUCAUGCAACUACCUGGGCCUCAGCAGAUCUCUGAUGUGCCUGCCCAGGCUUCUGCCCAAGCAGCAAGCCAUAUCACACCCCAGCAUUAUGUGGCACUGCCACCCACAUUCCUGCAGCCAGAUAGUACCACCCAGACCACGGCUUUACCACAACCCAUCCCUGUUCCUCCUCCAGUGGCUCCAGCACUGACCUCCACACCACCGGGCACUGCUGCUGUAUCUGUUGUUGCAGCCACCACAACAGAUGCUCUGGCAGCUGUGGCUCAACCUGUGCCUUUGGCCAACAACCCUGUCCCCAACUCUGGCCCUGGUUUGCCUACCACUCCUGCCACCAUCACCAUAGCUCCCACCCAGAACCUGCUGCAACCCAGCCUGGUCAUGUCUGACCAGAACCUCCAGUGGAUCCUCAGCAGUGCUGCCAACAGCCAGCAAAACCCAGAGCAAGCAUCACAUCAAGGGGCUCCAAAAGUGGAAAAGGUUUUCUUCACGACAGCCAUACCAGUGGGAGGAAAUGCUGGCAACUCAGUCCAACAGAUUGGCCUCAGCCUGCCUGUCAUCAUCAUCAAACAGGAGGAAUCCUGCCAGUGUCAGUGUGCCUGCAGGGACUCUGCUAAAGACAAGAGUUCAAAGAGUGCCUCCUCUAUUGUUUCAGCCCCAGCACAGCCGCAACCAUCACAGCCCCCGCCUCCCCCACCAUCACAGCACCCAGAGCCUCAGCACCAUCCAGCCACCUCGUCUCCCUCAUGCUGCCUCCCUGAGUCUUCCUCCAAGGUGACUGAGGUGAGGCUGGAGGCCCCCUCUUCUUCUUCCUCCCCCUCAGCUCAGACUUUCUCCACGAUAGUGAGCAGCACUGCCACCAACCCUCCCUCAUCUGACGGGUUGGCCAAUAUGGAUGUCUCGGACUUCCUCUCCCUGCAGAGCCCUGAGACAGCUGCCAACAUUGAGGCUCUGCUGCUGGUCACUGAUGACUUCAACAUGGCCACUGACGGCAAUCCUUAGAAGAGCUGCCUUCUGAGUCUGGCACCAUGUGUUGUCUGAUGCACCCACUCAUCCACAGGCAUCAAUUCCACCCACAUCUCGAGUCAUUCGCCACAGUGACGCCUCUUCUUUCUCCCCAUAUAGUGUGUACAUCAAACCCCCUGUACCUGCAGUGCAUUCUGUUCUAUGUGGCAUUGCGCAACAUAUAUACACGAACUAUGACUAAUUUUUCUGUUGAGUCUCAUUGCAGUAGUUGAGUUUUUAAAAACAGGAUUAGUUUGCUUAUUGAGAUUUAGCAACAUUAAGGCUAUUUAAUGCAGGGGAAAGGCAGUAGGUCCUUUGUCAUUAUCAAACUGUAUAUAAUAACCCACAAUAUCCACUCUGAAUUGAUGGAAUGAUACAAAUGAGUGUUGUCCAAGCACUGAUAACUUAAGAGUUCCAUUUUCCUGGCUUGAAGGUCACACGCCUGAGCAGGAAAACAAAACUUGUCUGUAUAUCCUUGUACUGUACUACAGGUCCUAACAAAUGCUUAAAGCUGGUAUGCAAAUGACCAGAAUGCACUGUAUAUUAGAGGAAUUGCUAUAAUUUUAUCAAACAUCGCACCCAACAGGAAUUUGAAAGGGUUGGCCACAUAGAUCCUCGUAACGCUGUCAUACAAUAUGAUUUCCUCAGUAUUUUGAUAUGCUGGGAAUAUUAGCGUAGUCCAGAAAAUGUGAUGAUUCUUUUAUACUUCUUUUGACAGUUAUUUACUAAUUGACAAAAAGAACCUGUGACCAGAUCUGCCUGUCUUUUUACGUGAAAUUGAGUCAAUACAUCAAAAAGUUGCCUGUAACUUAAACUAAUUUAAAAUUGUACAUGUUAAUUUAUUUUAAUGCUUGAUUCUUUCGUUAUACUGGUAAUAUUAUCUUCAAGGUAGCAGAGAAAUCUAUUAUUAAUUUAUUCCAAUCACAUGGUGUAUUUUUAAGUAGAGCUGUUUUUAUGUUACUGAUUUUUUUGUUUGUUUUUUUUUUAAGAACGUAAUGGGUAUUGCUAAAAGCAAGUUUUGAGAAAAGAGGCACCUAUAGUAGACUGCACAGUGAAGCAAAUUAUCCUCUAGGAUCUGCUUGUUUGCAAAAAGUGUCCACAAUGAAACAGUAAGGAAUUACUGUCAACAUCCCAUGUUUUAUAGGGUUGUGACCCUCUCAGGGAUGCAUCAAGUCAUAACUGAUCCUGGUUCCCUUAAUUUGUUCCUCAGACAUACGUUUUUCUCACCAGAUGCCCCGGUCUUGCAGUAGCCCUACGUUUUGCUGCACUCUUCCCUGUUUAUUGCACACUAACUUGUAAAGUGAGUAAUCUGACAGCUCCUUCGCUGAGGUGCCGCACCACUUCAAACUUUUGUAUACAACUGCUGUAAAGUAGCAUUUAAAAGAUGGUGUCCUGGCGACAGUGUAAAUACAGUACAUUUUAGUGUAAACAUCUUUGGGAAACUUGUAGAUUAUUCUAGAAUUUGUAUUUUUGUAUAGACUUUUGAAUAACUAACUCUCAGAGUUUGGAGCUAAUGUAUCCUUGCAUUCUUCCCCCAGCCACAUUUAUGCAGAAGAGUUUUUGCUGUGUUUAGUUGAAUAGUUCUACUAGCAGCUGGGCUUUUGUACAGUUCCCAUCGAAACAAAAUAUAUGUAAUACAUAGCCUCCUCCUCAGAGUAUAAUUUAACAGUAUUGUUUCACAUGGGACACAAUGCAAUGAUAGAGCGAAUACAUUAUGCCCUGUAUAAUAGAGUGUAGAGCUACUUGGCCUUACAACCUAACUCUUCUAUGAGCCUCCUUGCCUUGACAGUCUCUGCUUCAGACUUGCCAUUGACAUGCCAACACACUCAUCGUCAUUGAGUCUCAGGCAAUCACUUCCAGCAGCAGAUCACAAUGAGGCAAAAGCACUGAGACAGAAAAGCUUAUGGUUUUCCUAGAAUCUGUAUUGUUUUCCAGCUGUUUGUUUGGAAAGUCAUUCAUGGAUAUGCAGCGUUGCUAAAAAGAACAUAUAAUCAGCUGCAUGAAAGAUGCAGUCGAUGUGAUUUUAUGUUUUAGGUCCAGGUUGUAGGAUUAAAACCAAACUGUUGUGCACGUAACAUAACAUGUACUGCUUUUUUUUUUUUUUUUUCCUUUGCCAUAAUUUGGGUGGAACGUUCCCUUGAUUCAUAUUUGCCAAGAAGGCAGUGAGAUAUUUAGUGAAAGUCUCCAGUCACACAUUUUGUCCUCUGAACCAUUCCACAUAUGCUGUAUUAGUGUCUCCACUCGGCUCCAUUGGAUUGCAAAAUGGUAAUAAUUUACUUGCCAUUUCCCCAUUAAGGCACUCAGUGAAAUUACUGCCAGGAGUCAAACGCAUACCAUCGAUAUAUCUUCUCAUACAUGCAUACUGUCAUUGAACACAACUAUGCAAUUUUAAGUGUGGCAUUCAUAAGUUUAAAUACUGACUCCAAGACUAAAAGAUCAUUUAUUCCUCCCUCCUUUAAAUGAUAUUCUGCUACAACCGUAUAUGCAGAACUCCAGAGGCAAAAGUUGACGUUUGAAUGCACACAUAUUAAGCAUGCUCUUUGAACUCCGGUGUAUUGCAUUUCAUUUUCCACAUUUGGAGUGGUGUGAAUCUGGACUUUGUACUGUAUCCAACCAAGUAAUGUUCCCAUGAAUGUUGCACCACAGCUUUCCUUUUACAUGCUGUUAAAAAACUGGAUUUGUUUGAAGGAGUACUUAAUGAAUUAUUCUGUUUUAAGAAUUUUUUUUGGUCAAAUGUGUUUUUUUUUUGUCCAUCCUUUUACAUACUUUAUGCGUAAACAUGUUUCAUUUUGCUCACUCCGUUUUAUGUAAUCAUCUCAGCCUUUAACAUAUUUAAAUUAGACAUGUGGAUAAUCUGUUGGCUCAUGUUCACCAAUGAAAGUCAAACUUACAGCUGCUGAUAUUUGUUUUAAUCAAUAAGCAGAGAAUUUUUUUUUUUUUUUUUUUUUUUUAAACUUGUGGCCCAGGUUCGUCUUUCUGGAGGUUUACCAGAAAUGGGAACAUCAGCAAAUCACUGAUGGUGACAUUUGUUUGGAAGCACAUUGUUAGAUCACAAAUGUAAAGUCAGAGUAUUUAUGGAAAUGGAAAAUUUCUGCCAUCUCCAACAUGUUUCCAAUUGGGCAAUAUUAAAAAAAAAAAAAAGCAAGGGAAACUUUAUGCUUCCAAAGGAAUGUCUUGACACCCAAAGAGUGAGGAAUUCUUGAGGAUUUGUAUUUUUUAAAAGAAUGUACAAUGUGAAAAUGUUUGCUUUUGCUUGUUUCAUAUAAAAGUAUUAUAAAUAACUUUCUGAAUUGAGAGCAAUAUAAUAAAACCUUACCCUUGUCACUGAAA